GGUCCAAACAGGUAGUUCACGUGAACACGGGCUGAUCAUGGCAAAAAUUUAAUUUUGGUGCCGGCCGGUACAGCUAGGAGGCUCGCUCAUUCCGGACGCACAUUAGCACGAGCGUAUUACUCUAGUGAGCUGAAGCUGCAUUCACUAACACGAGACACUGGGCUUGGUGAAGAAGUUUGACCCAGUUCAAAUGCCGUGACACAGUGCACGUGACUGCCGUCCCAACGAACCCACCAUGCCGAUUGAACUCGCCAUGCCGAUUUAUCUGACAAACGAAGAGUUCCUGAACCCGAGGGUGACUACAUACAGCAGGCCCUUGCGGCCAUGUCUGCACCGGUGUCAAAGUACCAAACUUGGUUUCGGCUCUCCGAGGGAGCAGCCAGAGUUGAAUAGGGCCAGCGCACACGUGGCGAUACCUGGCAGGGCCAAAAAACAAGUAUCUUUUGCUGAUCACAAGGGCCUCGCCCUGACGAUGGUAAAGGUCUUUUCUGAAUUUGAUGACCCUAUUGACAUCCCAACCAACAUUGUGCAGUUUUUUAGCUCUUUGGUGACUCUGCCAGAAGGGAAGGACAAGCUAACCCUCGACUUUGACCAGCCGUCUGCAGAUUACUUAAAGUUUCGUCAACGUAUAGAGAAUGAAAACCUCUGCCUCGAACACUGCAUGCUUAAGGAAAGAUCUAUAGCAGGGACGGUCAAAGUCAAAAACCUUUCCUUUGAGAAGUCCGUUAAGCUUCGCAUUACGUUUGACACUUGGAAAAGUCACACAGACAUAGAAUGCCAGUACGUAAAGGACACUUACACCGGCUCAAACCGUGACACCUUUUCAUUCGAAGCUACUUUGCCUGAUCAGGUGCCUCCACAUGAACGCAUCGAGUUUGCCAUUUGCUAUGAGGUCAAUGGCGUAACGCUCUGGGACAACAACCAAGGACAGAAUUACAGAAUUGUUCAAUCAGCACUAAAGAAGAGUUCAAAUGACUCUAUGGUUGACCAUCAGCGAUAUGGUGUGAGCGAUUGGGACGUUCUUUUUGACCGAUACGGCAGCCCCAGAUGCUCACGUGGAAUCUUUCCCAAUUGGCCAAGCUAUGCUGGAUAUGAAGACAUCGGUCCAUAUUACUAAGAAUCCACUUUUGGGACUGUUUAUCCUGCACACAUAUCCAUCAAACAUUGUGAUAAAUGUCUCCUUAAAAAAACACGCCGUUCUUUGACCAAGGACCUGUUGGACUGUGAAGCCAUAUGGACACUUGAGAUAUCUAUCGUCAAUAAUAUUGGAUUAUGUUGUUCAAUAGAGAAUGAGUUAUGUUUUUAAAAAUAGUGUUUAUGGUGCUAUAUGAAUGUAAUUUAUGAGGGUAAAUUUGUUUUUUUUGUUUUUUUUCAGUGCCUGUCAAAUGCAUUAAUGCUAGUUUCUGUGCAGGGUUAUGUGAAAGUUUUCGAGGUUGAUUUUCGGUUUGUAUGGAUUUGCGUGGACCUUUAUAAAAUUAUACAAUGUUAAUGAAUUAAGUCUAAGUAAAUCUGCAGGCCAGUAUAUUUGCUAAACUGUAAAUCAUGAUCAUACAAUUUUGACUAAAAUUAAGCUCUUUCUUGAGAGCAGCAAAUGGUUUUCAUCUGAAAAACCUUGCUAAGAG